CCGAUGACUAAUUGAAAAACAAUCAGAGAGAUACAGGAGCCACAAACAACUGCGAACAUCAACAUGAACUUUGGUUUCCUCUUCACCACUGCAAUUCUUGUUUUGAGAUUAGUUAGAGGAUGUAUAGAUGUCCAACAGCCAAAGACGCUCAUGAGAAGAAAAGAGCGACAUUCUGUCUCCAUUCCCUGCUCUGUCAAUAUAUCCAGCUGUCAACUCACACCUCAACACAAACAACUCACACUUGAAAUCUCUUGGUAUGUGUUCCGGAAAGACUUUCACUACCAGAUUGAUUUGUCAAACCAGCAACUAAAGUACAAACUGGAGCAUCAUGAUCUGAAAAUCAGCUCUUUGUCAAAAGCUGACUGUGGGGUGUAUUACUGUGCAGCAGCUCUGCUGGAAGUGACUCACAGUGGGGCGCAGGCAAUCGGACAGGGAACCACUUUGAAAGUGUCAGAGAGGGGCUUAAACUUCCCUCAAACACUGCUUUUGACCCUGCUUGUCCUGCUGAGUGUCUACAGCCUCCUCGUCCUGGGCAUCCUCAUCUCCAUUAAGACUGGACAAUUCAACUCUGUUGUUAAAAGAAGAUGGAGUAAAACUAAUAAAAAGGAGGACUCUGCUAGCCAAGUGAUUUUCAGUGGAGUGGUGCAAGAACUGUGCAAGAGGAACUUAAGUGGUGACAAAUUUCAGGCACACUACAAAGUUUCCCAAGACAAGUCUAAAGGUCUUCAAAAUAUGAACCAUUGUGAAGAUAUAUACCAAAAUCUUGAUGAGUAAAAGAAAAAGAAAACAAAUGCCCUAAUCCCUGCAUGUCCUGCUGAUCCUGAUCUAAAACAUGCAGCUUCCUGCAAACCUGCAAGCUACCAUUUUGGGAGGCCCCGAAUUGUGAUGUUUUGAUGGCCUUCUUCAUGUUUUGCAUUUAAUGUGAGCUCUCUUGCUAUGUCAAUUACACUGUGAACUGUUUUAUUGUAGGCUAUACUAAAGUGACUAAGCAAGACAGGUGAAUUGAGUCAAUUUAAGUAUUAAAAACAUUUAUAUUUCAAGUUUUCUGGAAUGUUGUUUAAAUCUGCAAAUGAGGCAUUAUCUUUAAAUAUGCACUAGGCUUAAUAUUCAUGUUUUAUUUGGUUGGCAUUGGAGUUAAGGUUUUUACUGUGUGUAUAUUUUUUUAUCACGCAAUAAAUGAGAAAAUACACA